AUGUCUUUCGAUAAUAAAGAAAAAGCACAAACCAGUCCAGAAAUGGAUUUGUGCUCUGAACACGGCUCAGAUAGCCACAGAGAAGAACAGGACAAUGGUGUGACAACGGCUAGCCACGAGUCACCUACCAUUCCUUCUUCCAAUCCACUCAUGUCGACUCCAGUUGACACCCCACCUCCAGUAAUGUCUGAUUCCGUAAGAACUCUCAAGGAAGCAUUCCCUUCAGUAGACGUCGAUGUCAUUGAGGCCAUUCUCGAGAGCCAAGGAAACACGCUUGAUUCGGCAUUCGAAGUAUUGCUUGGCAUGAAUGACCCCAGCUACAAACCAGAGCCUGUUGCAUUGCCACAGCAAGCGCAACCUAUUAGUAAUCCCAACACUAGAGGAACUCAACCCCAACCCCCAACUACCCAGCCCGCGACUCAAGAACAACCUCUUUCAGUUGAUGAGCAGUUACGAAUGGAUGAGGCCUUUGCAAGACAAUUGGCUUUGGAGGAUAGAGCCCAGAGACGACAGUCAGCAACUCCGAGACAGCAGCAGCCAGAGGAGCCCUUUUUCAACUUUCAAGGCAAAAGAGCUUCCAGUGAUCAAAGAGAAACUGCUAAAAAGAAAGUACUCGAUCUUUACAGCCAGUUCAAGGCAGCCACACAAACAGUAGACCAGCAAGCUGGUGGUCCUUCAUCCCCUGGUUAUUCGCAGAGACCUCAACAAAGUUUCAAUCCAAGAGAAAAGAGUGACCAAAACUUGGCAAAUGAUAUGUCUGGAUUGCGUUUAUCAGAUAAUCCUGUCAAUUCGCGGGCACCUGGACCUCGUUCUGGAACACUGCCUUCUGCUGAUAUUUACGAGUGGAACGGAAGACUGCAUUCUAAUGGCCCUACCAAUCCAAUGGCUCGCGGAGUAUCAUCUCAAUCUGUUGGCAGUUAUGAGCAGCGUACUGCUGCUCCUGCCCAAACAGCAACCUCGUUGGCCUUGGAAGAACAGAUUCGUAAAGAUGAGGAGUUUGCAAGACAGUUGGCAUCACAAGAAGAUUUCUGGGAAAGAAAUAAUACUGCUGCCGCAACCGAACCAAAUGAAGAAGAGAGAGUAAACAGAGAAGUCUCCCAGCCAAGAUCUUCACCAUUGGUUCAUGAUGAUGAUUUAGAGGGAAUUGACGAAGGUGGGCCCAUUACAUUCAGUGCACCUGACAAUACCAAGGCAAAAAAAUCACAGGAGAACAAUGAUUUGAAUACUUAUAUUAUCAAUGAUGAUGUUGAUGAUCUCGAUGAUCUUUUGGAUGUAGACGAAUCUCCCUCCAAGGAAAAAGCAAAGGCCGUCGAACAAACUACUUCUUCAGAAAACAGCAAAUCUGAACAUUAAAUAAUGCUAAUUAUUGUACUUUUAUUAAGUAACAGU